GCGCCCCCUCCCCCGCGCGAUCGGCCCUUCCGGCCCCCCGCUCGCUCGCUCCCUCCCUCCCUCCAGAGCCCCGAGGCGUCGAGGGUGGAGGCGCGCCGAGGCUCCGCGCAAGCCGGCCCAGAUGGAGGGCGCGGGGAGCGAGGCCCCGAGCCAUUCUCUUCUGAGUUGUGAUGAAUAGUGUGGUGCUUUGAAGGUGGAUAUGCUAACCUGGCUUUGCAGACAAUGUAUCAGAUAUUAGAUGCGUUGGACUAAUAUCUGUUGAUGGUUUAAAACUUUCUGUCAAGAGCCCAGAAUGUAUUGGUGUGUCGGGAGACAGGAAUCUGCAGACCAUGGCGAGAAUACCACAGAACAGCAAGAAGAUACACGGGACAUGGGUGGCCGACAGUCCACAACAGAGUCUUUCUCCGUUGGCCAGUCCUCUGUGACCAAGGCCAUUCAGAAUCUCUACCAAAGCAGAGACUUUGAGGCUGCUCUACAGCUGGUCAGAUCACCAAGCCAGAGGAGCCUCUCCCAGGAGGAAAAGGGUCAUCUCUUGAGCCUUUCAGCCGCUUAUGGGGACCUGCAGGCAGUAAGAUACUUGCUAAAAGAAGCAGGCGUGACCAUAUCCCUUGAACCCAGUGAUGAUAAUCCAGCGGUGGUAGCUGCGUAUUUUGGACAUAAGGACGUAGCACAAGAACUUCUAGAUUCUUUUCUUGGUGUAACGAACGUCUCGCAACUCCUGAGCUGGAUGCUGGCGGUGGCUUGUCAACAAGGCCAUCUAGAGGUGGUUAAGCUCUUGGUCCUGGCAUACAAAGCCGAUCCGGACAGCUAUGCCGUGAAAAAAAAUGAGUUUCCAGUCCUCCUUCGAUUGCCACUUUAUGCUGCGAUGCAAGCAGGGCACGAUGAUGUUGCUGCCUUCUUGCUGGAGAAUGGUUCGUUCUUUUGUUCCUACACCCUAAUGGAUUGUCCCAAUGCUAGCAAACGCCUUCUUUGCAAACAUUUCAUUGAACCAGUCCCUUUAAGCAGAAAUGUCCAGGCAAAGCCAGGUCUUUCUGUGAACUGGUCGAAACUUAGGCUUCCUUGGGUGGAUUUUGACUGGCUGAUAGAUCUUUCCCACCAAAUAACGGAGCUCGACCUCUCUGCUAAUCAUCUGGCCUCCCUUCCAUCCAUCAUCCCUUGGGGACUGAUCAACCUUCAGAAACUGAACCUCUCUGACAACCGAUUAAAUCAGCUGCUUGAUGUACAGUCAUCAGAUGGAAUCAUAUGCACAAAGCUACUCGAGAUUGACAUAUCCAACAACAGAUUCCUCAGUCUUCCUUCGGGUUUCUUGCACCUUUCCAGACUCCAAAGACUUAUUGCUGCCAAAAAUUAUUUAGAAAGAUUAUUUGAUGAGGAGAAUGCAACGAACUGGAUUGGAUUAAGAAAACUGCAGGAAUUAGAUGUCUCAGACAACAGGUUAUCAGAGCUGCCCGUUUCCUUUCUGCACUGUCUGAAAUCACUGCAUAGCCUCAAUGGAUCUAGCAAUAACUUAAAAGUGUUUCCUCAACCAUGGGCCUGUCCCUUGAAAUGUUGCAAAAUAGCUAAAAAUAUGCUGGAAUCUCUGCCUGAUACUUUGGCAGUGUUUUGGAAAAACCAUCUCAAGGAAGUAGACUUUUCUGACAAUUCCCUGAAAGAAGUUCCACAGUGUCUCUUCCAGCUUGAAGAUCUGACCUCCCUGAAACUCUCAGGAAACCAGAUAGUCAUGUUGCCUUCUUCAGAGAAAUGGUCUUGCCGAUCGCUGAAAUCUCUGGAUCUCUCCAAGAAUCAGCUUGGAAAAACUGAGGAAGGGACCAAAACUAAAUGGAUUCCAUUUUUCACUACAAGGAACAGGACUUGUGUCGGCACUGAGAUCGGAUCUACCCUGCAGUUUCCUGAAUUCCUGGCCGAUACUCUGGAGGUCCUCUGUCUGAAUGACAACCAACUAGACUCCGUCCCACAAUCAGUUUGCCUUCUCAGAGGGCUGUCAGAACUCUACUUAGGAACUAACCCAGGCAUCCAAGAACUUCCUCCUGAGCUUGGACAACUGGUUAAUCUUUGGCAGCUGGAUAUCGAGGAUCUAAAUAUUGGCAAUCUUCCAGUGGAGAUCAGAAAAGAGGGGCCCAAGACCAUUUUAGCUUACUUACGUGCCCAGCUGCGCAAAGCAGAGAAAUGUAGUCUGAUGAAGAUGGUGGUGGUGGGUCCUCCACGGCAGGGGAAAUCCACCUUGGUUGAGAUGCUGCAGACAGGGAAGCCUUCUCUAUCAAUGCCUGAUAAUGCCACCAUCCGGACCACAAAAUGGGAGCUCCAGAGACCUGCUGGAUUGAAAUCAAAGGUUGAUGCCGUCGAGUUUAACGUCUGGGAUAUCGGAGGCCCCGCCAGCAUGUCAACAGUCAACCAAUGCUUCUUCACAGAUAAAGCAUUGUACAUUGUCAUCUGGAACUUAGCACUGGGGGAAGAAGCUGUGGCAAAUCUUCAGUUCUGGUUACUCAGUAUUGAGGCCAAGGCUCCAAAUUCAGUUGUGCUGGUGGUAGGGACUCAUCUGGAUUUGAUUGAAACAAAAUUCCGUGUUGAGAGGAUCGCCACUCUAAGAGCCUACGUCCUAGCCAUCUGUCGAUCUCCCUCAGGUUCAAGAGCCACUGGUUUUCCAGACAUCACCUUGAAGCAUUUACAUGAACUCUCGUGCAAAACACUGGAAGGCUUGGAUGGGUUGCGACAGUUGAUCUUUCACAUCAGUGCAAACAUGAAGGAUGUUGGAAGUUCCAUCGGCUCGCAGAGGCUUGUUGGGAGACUGGUCCCAAGGAGCUAUUUGAGCCUUCAAGUAUCUGUCAUAAUUGAGCAACAGAGGAGAAGCCAAAAUGAUAACGUGCAAUAUCUCACUGACAAGGAAAUACAAGAAAUCAUUGAGAAAACUCCAGCCAAUGACAUCAAGGACUAUGAAGACAUGCAGUCUGCCAUCAAUUUCCUAAUAGAAACAGGAACACUGAUGCAUUUCCCAGACACAAGCCAUGGGCUGAGGAAUCUCUAUUUCCUUGACCCAGUGUGGUUGUCUGAAUGUCUGCAGAGAAUCUUCAACAUCAAAAGUUCAAAGUCAGUUGCCAAGAAUGGUGUGAUCAAAGCAGAGGACCUCCGGAUGCUGAUGGUUGGGACAGGUUUCACCAAAGAGACAGAAGAGCAGUAUUUCCAAUUCCUUGCCAAGUUUGAAAUUGCAUUACCGAUAGCUAACAACAGUUAUCUUCUGCCCCACCUGCUUCCUGCCAAGCCAGCCUUUGAUGUUCAUGGCUUACGCCACCAGACAACAAACACCAUCCAAAGAGUAUUCAAGAUGAGUUUUGUCCCUGUUGGCUUUUGGCAACGGUUUAUCGCCCGGAUGCUGAUCAGUCUUGCGGAGAUGGAUCUUCAGUUCUUUGAAAACAAGAAGAUGACCAAGAAUAGAACUAAAAGGUCUGCCAUCUACAGCUUCACAGGCACACAGAGAAACAGAUGCAGUACAUUCCGGGUUAAAAGAAAUCACACAAUUUAUUGGCAAGAAGGACUGUUUGUCUCCUUUGACGGAGGCUAUUUAAGUGUGGAGUCCUCUGAUGUGAACUGGAAGAAGAAGAAAAGUGGUGGCAUUAAAAUCAUCUGCCAGUCAGAUGUGAGGGAUUUUUCAGCCAUGGCUUUUAUCACCGAUCAUGUGAAUUCUUUGAUAGACCAGUGGUUUCCAGCCCUCACCGCCACCGAGAGUGAUGGAACUCUACUGAUGGAGCAGUAUGCACCUUGCCCCGUCUGUUCAGCUGCAAAGCCCCAUGAUGGGAAAGACGGCCUGAAAAAAGAAGAUGUACAGUACUUCAAUAUGGAAGACUGUUUUCUCAGGGCCAUUGAGCAGGACAGCAUCACCUGUGCCCAGCAUCCAGAUCUACCUGUCCCUUUACAGGAGUUGGUGCCCGAACUUUUCAUGACGGAUUUUCCAGCCAGAUUAUUCUUGGAAAAUAGCAAACUGGAAUACAUAGAAAAUGAAAACAGCAUUCUCGGCCAAGGAGGAAGUGGAACAGUUAUAUAUCGGGCACAAUACCAAGGAAAACCGGUAGCUGUCAAACGUUUUCAGAUUAAAAAAUACAAGAGUUCUGCCAAUUCAGCAGCAGACACGAUGCUGAGGCACCUGCAGGCAAUGGAUGCCAUGAAAAGCUUCUCGGAGUUCCGCCAGGAGGCCAGCAUGCUCCACUCACUGCAAUACCCAUGUGUGGUCUCCUUGAUUGGGAUCAGCAUCCACCCACUCAGCUUGGCCUUAGAAUUGGCUCCUUUGGGCAGCCUCACCACUGUACUGUCGGAAAAUUCUAAAGGCGCUUCCUAUGUACCAUUGGGGCACAUGUUGACCUUCAAAAUUGCAUAUCAGAUUGCAGCAGGCCUGGCGUACCUCCACAAGAAGAACAUCAUUUUCUGUGACCUGAAGUCCGACAACAUCCUCGUGUGGUCUUUAGAUGUGAAGGAAAGCAUCAAUAUCAAACUGUCUGACUAUGGGAUUUCUCGGCAAUCCUUCCAUGAAGGAGCUUUGGGAGUGGAGGGCACUCCUGGCUAUCAGGCUCCAGAGAUACGGCCUCGCAUCGUCUAUGAUGAAAAGGUGGACAUGUUUUCAUAUGGCAUGGUGUUGUAUGAGCUGCUGUCAGGGCAACGCCCCAUCCUGGGACAGCACCAGCUUCAAAUUUCAAAGAAACUCUCCAAGGGGAUCCGGCCUGUCCUGGGUCAGCCAGAAGAAGUGCAGUUCCACCGAUUGCAGGCACUCAUGAUGGAGUGUUGGGACACCAAGCCAGAAAAGCGGCCACUGGCCAUCUCAGUGGUAGGACAAAUGAAAAGUCCCUCCUUUGCCACAUUCAUGUACUGGCUACCAUGUGGGAAGCAGUCCUUCUUCUCUUCUCGAGGACAGGAGUACACAGUAGUAUUCUGGGAUGAGAAGGAAGAGAGCAGGAACUACACUGUAGUAAAUACAGAGAAAGGAUUCAUAGAGGUUGCCAAAAUGAGUUGUCCAGGAAUGAAGCUAUGCUGCCAGCUGAAAUUUCAGAAUUCUCUAUGGACUGCAACAGAGGACCAGAAGAUUUAUAUAUACAGUUUACAAGGAAUGUGUCCUCUGAAGGUUCCACAGAAAGGCAUAGACACUCCAGCUGUUGUCACAUGUUUUCUUGCAGUGCCUGUUGUGAAAAAGAACUCCUACCAGGUCCUGGCUGGCUUAUCUGACGGGUUGAUUGCAGUUUUCCAAGUCACAAGCGGCGUCCUCGAGGACAACUGCUGCUAUCUUUGCUCCCACACGGCAAACCGUUCCUUGUUCAAUAUCAGCGAUGAGGACACCCGCCAGAAUCCUUACUCUGUGAAAGCAAUGGAAUUGGUUAACAAUGGGACAGAGGUCUGGUACAGCAAUGGCCCUGGCGUCCUCAUCGUAGACACUGCAGCCAUGGAAAUCACCAGGCGACUGGAGCCCUACAGUCCACCAUCCACGGUGGUAUCCAUUGUCUGCAGCUCAGAUUGCAAUGGGGAAGAAGUGGCCUGGUGUUUAGAUGAUACCACCAACUUCCUGGUGAUGUACUACACCUCUACCUACCAGCUCUGUGCCCGGUACUUCUGUGGGGAUCGUAGCCCCCUGAGGGACAUGUUUACGAUUCAACAACCCUCAGCCUUGAUUCCUACAACACUAACUGCAAACAGGGAUGUGACUCCUGAAAGCACCUCUUUGGCCAAUGUGAGCAUCCUGCAGAGCCAGGAGCUCGGCACUCAAAUACUAAACAAUCAGGACUCCCUGACAGACUACUGCUCUAUGUCCUCUUACUCGCCGUCAUCUCCCAACAGAAUGCUGAGAUCUUCUUCAAGCUUCCCAAGCUCGCCCGCGAGUUCCUCCAGCACACCUUUCUUGACUGAUUACGAGGAGUCCAACAAGCUUGAGGAGCCAAGCCUUCCCUCUGAGAAGUCUGAAAUGGGUCUCCAAGCUGUGCAGAUCCUGCCUGUGAAAGAUCUCCUGUGGAUUCCCAGGCAAGGUGGUGAUAUCAUUGUGAUUGGCCUGGAGAAGGAAUCCAUCUCUCAGCGGGGGAGAGUCAUCGCUGUGCUGAAGGCUGUUGAGUUGGCCUCCUAUGGGUCGCUGGUUGAUGCUGCUGUUCUGGCCAAAGACAGGGUUGUAUGUUGCUUCAGAAAUGAGUUGAUGGAAUGGUGCUUGGCUCUCUGGAGGAGUUGGGGAGCCAAAGACUUUGACCUUUUCUACCAAUCCCAAGAAGAUUUGGGGAGGCUUGAAAUUUGCCUGCGCAAGAGAAGGUAGUGCCUGUCGAUCAGAGGCAACAGCCAGAAAACUGACACCGUUUUAUUUCUUUAAAAUAUCCAAACUAGAAUGUUUAUAAAAAGGGAGUGGUUGCUCCUUGGUUCUGCUGCUAAAGGAAACCUAGGUGGGCUUGUUCCCCUUCAUGCAUCUGAAUUCUCAGCCACAUAAUUGUCAAACAAAUGUCCACACCCUUCUUCCAAUCAGGUGCAAUGUGCAAAGCCAACCAAUGCCAGCUCUGCAGGGUCACUGUAAUGCUGUUUUGUUUUGUAGCCUGUUGCUAACACAGCCCUUUAGAAGUGUUAUCUUCUAGGAGAGAAUAUGACCAACAAGUGCAUCUCAGCUUCCAUUCUAGCGAAAGACUGCAGGGGAAGACAGGGAGGACUGGAGUCCAAUUAUGGUUGCAGGUCAUUUCUGUAUGAAAUUCUCCAGCUUACAGUAUGAAUAGAACUAUACCAGGUUAAAUGAGGUUGUAUGACGAAUGUCUUAUUCUGGUGGAAAGGGGCUUCAUGUUUCUUACUCUUCUAUGUUAAACCCAGUAUAUUUGAGAAUACACUUACAAAACGUGCAAGCUCUCAAUUCCACAGAAGCAAAGUGUCCGUAAAGUUUUGAGGUUGGUCCCAAAUGAAUACAAGGUAAUUUUAAAUCAUUUAGGGAUCAGGGACUUAAUUGUGACUAAUGUGUUUCAUUGAUUUCAGAGGUCCUUAAAUAUAGCCCUCUUUUUUUAUAUAUAUAUUAUGGCCCAAUGUCUUGAGAACCCAGGCAGGUUUUUUUGUGUUGUUAUUACUUUAUCGUCAUCAUUUCAGCAUUACCAGGCCCGGCCAGCACACAAAAGAAGCAUAUCAUGUAUAUUUUAUGAACAUAUUGACAAUUGGAAAGAGUCUUUUUGAGAUCAUUUUUCCAACAGAAGGAUUUUUUUUUAAGUUAGAAAAUGCAUUCUGAUCUAACUGUGGGUUGUUUGUUAUAUGUUAGCUCUUCUGAUUCCUACUGCAGUUUUACUAUGAAGCUCUUAACAGUCCCUAACUCACCAUUCUUAGUUAACUCUCAACUCCUAUUUUGACUGGGAGAAAAAAGUAAUUUUCAUAUUUAACUGCUCUGUUGCAACAUUCAUAGAAGCCUGGUUUCAUACCUUCAUCUGGCUUCAUCCAACUCCUUAUAUGGCUGCAGAAGCUUAGGAAGAAAGAUAGGGCAGACAGAUCAAUUUUCCUUCAGACAGUUCCUGGUCAUAUUUUCCUCCUAAACCGUCUCUCUUAAAAGCAGUAAUUAAAAACGGAGCACCAUGGAGUGUUUCUCUUGCUAAAGUGUAGGAACCAAGCUAAAUAGGCCUCAUCAUGAAUGCUCUUCUUACCAUUCCUGUAGUCCACAGUUGGGGAAAACAAUGGCCCUCCAGAUUGUUGAACUACCAUUCCCAGUUCAGAAUGGCCAUCUGUCCCUGGGGAGAAAAUGUCACAGAGACAGAGAACGUGAUGCAGGGCUGCUGUUCUUUGAGGUAGCCCUGAGCAUUAUUCAAACUAUGUAUUUGCACUAACUCUUGGUGUCCUUCUGCAACCCACAAAUAGAGAUCGUUGCUGGCUUUAUACAUAUUACCAUAUUUUAUGUAACCCUUUGAAAUAUGUUCAUAUAAAAGCCACCAGGGCUAUGUUUUGGCAAAUAUAAAAUGAACCUUUUUGUGAAUGCAUGGAUCGAUGUUUUUUUUUAAAGCCAUCCUAAUUAAAAAAAUGUUUAUUGCA